CACAGUGAAAUGCUGCUGCUGCUGCUGCCACUCCUAGUCCUGGCAGAUCUCCUCCCAGGUGGUGACAAUAAGGACGCCCUCCAGGGACCGACAUCUUACCAUGUCAUCCAGAUCUCAUCCUUUAUAAACAGCUCCUGGACACAAACUGAAGGCUCAGGCUGGAUGGAAGAUUUGGAGAUUCAUAGAUGGGACAGUGAUAAUCAAACUGUCAUAUUUCUGACACCCUGGUGUAACGGUACCUUCAGUAAGGACGAAAUGGAAGAAAUGGCAGGGCUUUUCAAAAUUUACUUCACUGGAUUCCCAAGGGAACUGCGUGACCACCUCCUUGAAUUCCAGAUGCCCUAUCCCUUAGAAAUACAAAUGAUAGGAGGCUGUAAGUUGCAUUCUGGAGGUGCCAUUGAAAGCUUCUUAAGGGCAGCUUUCCAAGGAAAGAAUUUCCUGACCUUCAAGAAUUAUUCAUGUUUGCCUGAUCCAAAAGCUGGAUACAGCGCGGAGAUAGUAUGUGCACUACUUUCCCAAUAUCAAAGAAUCUCUGAAGUUGUAGAGAUACUACUCUACGAAAAAUGCCCCCGGUUUCUGCGUGGUGUCCUUAAAACAGGGAAGGCCUACUUGCAGAGGCAAGUGAAACCCAAGGCCUGGUUGUCCAGUGGCCCCAGUCCUGGGCCUGGCCGUCUUCUGCUGAUAUGCCACGUGUCUGGGUUCUACCCAAAGGCUGUGUGGGUGAUGUGGAUGCGGGGUGAAGAGGAGAAGGUGGAUCAGCAACAUGAAAUCCUUCCUUUUGCCGAUGGGACGUGGUAUCUGCGAGUGACCUUGGAUGUUCCUGCUGAGGAAGCAACAGGCCUGUCUUGUCGGGUGAAGCACAGCAGUCUGGGAAACCGAGACAUCGUCCUCUUCUGGGGACGUUCUGUCUCCAUUGGCUUGAUAUUUUUGGCAAUUCUGCUCUGUUUAGCCAUUUUGCUGAUCCUGGCCCUAUGGUAUUGGAGGCGCUGGUCCUAUCAGGAUAUCAUAUGAACUUUUUUUACAUCGUCUCCCUCAUUUGCAAUAUAUUGUGAGAAGCCCAGAAAUCAAUAUUUCUUCCAAUAUUUUAGGUGAAAUCAGAUAUUUAGAUUGUAAAUAUCAUAUUUUCUGUACCAGUGUAAAAGUAAUUAAAGUUUUUCAUUAUUAGCUGCUAUCAAUAAUAGCAUUCAUUAUUAUAUCAACAUUUAAUACUUGUCCUGCACUUUUUGAGAUUACUUAAUACUUUACAUCUUGUGCUCUCUUGAUGUAUCACGUACUGGGUUGAAAAUAGUAAAGUAAACAUGUGACUCUGUUGCUUAUCUUUCUUGUUUAUUUUUUGUGUAUAAUUAUAGACAUGAUUAUUUAUGUAUAUAUGCUCAGAUGUAGUUUGCUGAGUUUAAAUCUGUGUAUUUAAUUUUUUCAAUGUGUGAAGUAGAAAAUAUUUCUUUUGUCCUUAUUCCUAACGGGAGGUUAGAGGGUUUUGUUUUGUGUAUAAAUGUGUAUAUUCCGCAUCAAGUGUGGGAAACAUUCACAAGUGAGGGGUUAAUGCUGGAAAUUAUCAUAAUUUUAUGACCAGUUCAAAAAAUAAAUCUAUUGCUUGUUAACU